UUUACGACGAAACUGAAUCUUUCUCUCAGCGAUGCCUGUAUCCCGUUGCGUUUUAUUUUGAUAGCGGGACACCGCAAUGAUAUUACACAAGCUCCUGCGCUGAUUGAAGGUUAUUCUUAUGAGUAUGUCAUAGGCGAUAAAGCUUACGACUCGGAUGCGUUUAUAGCGGAGAUCGCCUCCCAGGAUGCGAUUGCGGUGAUCCCGCCUCGCAAAGGGCGGACGGGGUUUCCCCGUGAGUAUGAUAAAGAGUUGUAUAAACGCCGGAACUUGAUAGAGCGUUUCUUUGGGUGGUUGAAACAGUAUCGUCGGGUCGCGACGCGCUACGAUAAAUUAGGGGUUCGGUAUCUCGGAUUCGUCUAUUUCGCAACAAUACUAAUAACCACUCACAAAAUGUAA